CCAGCCUGACCAGGUAGGUUUUAUCUGUAACACGACGUGAACACAGCUGUCAUCGUACAAUGGAAACUGUCUCGCGUCUUCUCGUCUUAGCGGCAACUACUAUCGUUUUGUACGGACAACUUGUGGGUGCGAGUGCCGACUUCACCCACCAUGAGUUCCUGGACGAAGACGGGAAGUUUCUACUCUUCUGGAAGUUUGACGAUGAGAAGAUUGAGUUGGAGGCCCGGGUGCAGACGACAGGGUGGGUCGGCCUGGGUCUCUCCCCGAACGGAGGCAUGCCGGGGUCUGACAUCGUCAUCGGCUGGGUCAAAGACGGGACUGCGCACCUCACCGACCGGUAUGCCGAUUCAAAGUCCCAGCCCCCUGUGGACGAGAGUCAGGACUGGGAGCUGGUGUCUGGGAACGAGAACGGGACUCACACCGUCCUGAGGUUCAACCGGAAGCUGACGACUUGUGACGUCAGAGACCGCGUCAUCAACGCUGACACCAUGCGGGUUCUGUGGGCAUGGCAUGAUGACGACCCUGAGGACGAGAGCGGCCCGAGCGGCCCGGCCUACCACGGGUCCAACCGGGGGACCAGGAGCACGGUCCUGCUCAGUAACAUCAUCGCUCCGGACAACUUCAAGGAAACAAACUACACAACCGUUGACCUACUCAUGAACAAUGUCUCCGUUCCUGCUGACCAAGACACGACUUACUGGUGCCGCGUAUUUGAGCUGCCUGAACUAGCCGGCAAACACCACAUGAUAAAGUACGAGCCCAUCAUCACACCCGGUAAUGAAGGCGUGGUGCAUCACCUGCUGAUCUACAGCUGUCAGAAGGACAGCAGCGUCACCUUCCUGCCCCAGGAACAUCCGGGACAUCAGUGCUACACUCCCAACAUGCCCCGCGACUGGUACCCAUGCUACGGAGGGAGCCUGCUGGCAGCCUGGGCCAUCGGGGCUGAGGCUAUGGCAUAUCCUGCGCACGUUGGUUUCCCUAUCGGUGAUGUUGACGACAGCCGCUAUGUACUUGUGGAGAUGCACUACGACAACCCUCAGCUGGCGUCAGGAAUCCGUGACAGUUCGGGGCUGCGGCUGACGCUGACGCCUGAGCUGAGGGACCACGACAUGGGCAUCCUGGAGGUCGGUGUGCUGGUGAACAAGCACCACGUCGUCCCGCCUAGCGCCGAGGGGUUCGUGUCGGCAGGCUUCUGUAACGCCAACUGUCUCAACGCGUUCCUGGAGGAGCUUGGAGAGCCGAUCCACAUCAUCGGCCUUGAGCUUCACUCCCACCUGCUGGGUGUGAAGAUGAGCGCCCGUCUCAUCCACAACGGCACGGAGACCGAGAUCGCGCGGGACGACAACUACGACUUCAAUCUGCAGUUUUUCCGGAUGCUGAAGAAAGAAGUCACCGUCUACCCGGGUGAUACUCUGGUUACUGAAUGCACUUACCGCUCAACGCACAAGGACAAGGUUACGUAUGGUGGCCCUGGAACCCCGGACGAAAUGUGCGAAACCUUCUUCCUGUACUACCCACGGUUCAACCUCACCUUCUGCGACAGUCUACCCAACCUGUACAGCACCGCGAGCUUCGCUGGAGUCGAGAAUUUUGAAUAUAACGGCCGUCGCGGCGACAUUAAAAUCACGGCCCCGGAGCGGCUGGUGAACAUGUCGUUUGAGGACGUGAUGGAGGCGGUCCCGUGGACGGACCAGAAAGCUCACGCGUUCUCCAGCAGUCUUCUGGACGGUCCGCUCCCCUUCCAUACCAGAUGCAGACCCAGCUUCCGGACUGCCAUUGAUACGGACGCAUUAAACACCGACCAGCCCUUCCCGCGCGGGAAGAUGCCGGAACCCGAGGACGUCUGCAGCGGGAGGACCCCGGCCGGCCAGGCGACAACCCGCGUACCCGUGACGGGAGGCGGCCCGGGACAG